AUGGAGGAUCAGGUGGAGCCAACUUCACCACAAAGCCCGAAAAUGUUCCCUUCUCAGGCCGUGUCAAACGAGCCGCCACUCUGCUUCAACAAGGCACAUUUCACCCGAGCCGACUUCAAUGUAGAACGUUUUAUGAAUCUGGCUCGUCGUCGGGCGACGCUCAAGGAGAUCCACAACGAUUUGAGGGCCUAUUUGAGGAGCAUUCAAAAUGGGAUGAUCGAACUCAUCAACGAUGAUUAUGCCGACUUUGUCCAUCUUUCGAGCAACCUUGUUGCCCUACAAGAGAGCAUUGACAAGAUCGAAGCCGACUUGAAUCUGGCGUGGGACGACUUCAAGACGUCGACGAAGGCGCCCGUCGAGAUAUCGAAUGAGGUGGAGAGCAAAUGCGAGGAGCUGUCGAAAAACAGGGACGAGCAAAUAAAGCUUCGGGAUCGUAUCGUCUUUAUCCAGGCUUUGGAACGUCUGGCUUACUUGUUGGCAAACACCCCCUCGCCCCUGAAUAUGUUGUGGCUAGAGCAAUUCCUAUCAGCCGUUGUCGAAACGUCCGGCUUCCGAGAAAAUUUGGUGCCCGGAUCGAAAGAAGAUAUGGCCUACAACAAGCUAACAGCUCGGAUCCAACCAGUGCUCACCGAACAGUUGAUCCUGUCCUUGACCAGCGACUGUGCUCUUUUGCCGAUGCUGUUUUCGAUUUUACAACUCUGCGGACAGGUCGACCAGCUGAUUUCGAAAAUUGUGACUGCUGUGCUGCUCCCAAAGAUACAAGUCAAGAAAGGGAAAUCUUUGGAGUUCCUCGUCAAGGCAAUCGAUUUUGUCAAUCAGCAACGUUCGGAUUGGAAGAAAAAACUUGGCGAUCACUGGCAAGGCGGUGUCGAGGGAUUUAUUGACCAGACUUUGCUGACCUUUAUGAUAAAAUUUGUUGAAACGAAUUUUGCCGCCAUUCUGUGUCCAACUACCCCGGAAGAUGUCAAACAGUUCCACGGAUUUGUCACCCUGGUUCUUGACUUCAUCAUGACUUGGCCAACGGCGACGGCUCAUUCCGAGCUUCUCAGGCAGUUACGCGCAAAAUUCCAGAUGCUCGUCUAUUACAAAAUGACCACCAGCAGUCCGACGAAGAAAAUUGAUGCCGAGAUCGACCCGGCUCGCUUUGGAUUCUUGACUGCUGACGAGCAGAAAAUAUUUGAAGAUGAUGUGCCUCUAAAUUGCCGGGCAUCCCUUUUGAUUUUCAACGCGGUGCAAAACGUAUGGGCUGACGAGACUUUCCUGUUAUGCAUUACGGAUAGAUACUGGGAUUUUACACUCAGAAUGCUGGCGAAGCAUCAAGCUUGGGGAAAGGCGAUGGUUUCGACAAUUAUGGCACUGGAUGAAUCCGAAUUUAUGGGCGAGAGCAAAUGGAAGGUAUUGUUGAAGAUCCGGCAAGACUUGACUUUCGUGGACCAGAAGGUUUUUGAUAUGGCCUUGGAGCGAAUAUGGGUGAAGCUACGAGAACUCGGCAUAGACACGGCCCCCUUUGGCCAGUGCCUCACCAAAAAUUCCCAAAAAGUUAAAGCCGAUUGUCUGGCCAUUGAUCUACAAAUUAAUACGUUACUUCAAGCCCUACUCAAAAAGGAAUACGACCAUGUUGCUGAUGUCCCACGCCAAUAUCGAUGGACGAAGAAGCCAAUGCCUGAACAACAUUCAGAAUAUGUUGAUGCCGCUAAAGGAAUCUUCAACGAUUUCCUAGAACAUUCUGCCGGGUGUGGCGAUGUGACCGAGCUGUUGCGAGGCAGUUUGGCUGAGACGCUGUCAUAUUUUGUAGAAAAGGCCGAUGAGGUUCUGAAAUCGGUUCUGGCAACCGGAUCGUCGAUCUCAAGAUUCAAGAAACUUGAUUCGGUGAUUUUACAAGACGGGGGACAUAGCGACGAGUCGAAGAUCCGCCAUCAAAUCGCAUUAGAUGCUACUGCGUUCAAAACACUGGCAGCUGACAAUGAAAUUGAGGUGGAACUGCUCAACGGGUUAUUGGACAAAUUGCAUGAUGCAUCGCGGGAAACUGAUGCG